AUGAUAAGGAAGUGCAUAUGGAAAGUCCAAUCCUGUGGAUUGACAACACAAUUCCGGCAGGAUGAAGACUUUCAUCGACUGGAAAGAAGAGCGGCCGUUCUUCCUUUGGUUCCAGAGCAGCAAGUGGAAGACGUGUGGUUUGAGGCACUACAGGACAACGAAGACGAUAAUCAAGUUGUUGGACGUUUUAAGGACUAUGUGACCGAGACUUGGGUUGAAGGCCAUCUGAUAAAUUGGAACCACUAUGACAACGAAGGGCCACGAACAACAAAUGCAGUGGAAGGAUGGCAUCACAAGUUCAACAGGAUGUGUCGGCGCCCCCAUCCAAAUUUGUUCAUGUUUGUACAAUUAAUUCAGAAGGAGCAGGCAGCCAAUGAAGCCAAAAUGAUUCAGCUUGCUGCUGGUGGUGUUAUCCGUCCAAAGAAGAGAAAGUAUCGACAAUUAGAUCGUCGCAUCCAGGACCUAAAGGCCAGAUUAGGCCAAGGAGAUAUCCAGAUAAUGGACUACGCAGAUGCUGCCUCUCAUCUACUGCAUUUGGAGUGAUGUGUCUUUGAGUGUUUAUGACUGUGUUUAUGACUGAGUAGUACCAUACAUGUUGAUAAUUAUGCUAUAUUUGCCAUACAUAUAUUAGUUACUUGAAUAUUAUGAUAAUGACUGUUAUGUUAUUUUCAUAUU